ACGCGUCAACAUAAAAACAUUUUCUCCAGAUUGUUUUAAACUGGUUAAAAGUAAAAAAGGUUUAUUUUGUGUAACGAGGCUGAAACCAGCUCAUAACAAACAGAGCUGCAGGUGAAACUGUGAUUCCAGAAUGUCAACACUCAUGUGUGUUCAGCGCUGGUUCGGCCUUUCCCAGAGUUCAUCGACCCUGAACAGACCUCACAGGACCAGGUCAGGUUCACACUGAGACUGUUCCACAUCACAGAAACCAGCAGGACCAACGGCAGGAGACCAGGACCGACUCCAGAGACCGAAAACCCAGGACAAAACCUCAUCCAGCUCCUGAUCUGAGCUGACGGUGUGACAGACAUAAAGCAGCAUGGCGGUGGGCCUGCAGAUUGUGGGUCUGGUUCUGGGCGUGGUGUCCUGGUGUCUGCAGUCCAGCUGUACGGUCCUCUCAGGUGUGGAAGAUGAGGAGUCAGGUGGAGUCUCUCACCAGCAGCCAGUGGCAGUUUGAAGGUCUGUGGAUGAGCUGCGCUGCCACCUCGCUCGGGUCGGUCCAGUGCAGCAGGUUCAAGACGGUGCUGGGACUCCCGGCUCACCUUCAGACCUGCAGGGCUCUGAUGAUCCUGUCCCUGUUGGUCGGUUUCGCCGCCAUCAUCGUCUCUGUGCUCGGACUGAAGUGCACCAAGAUCGGCAGGACCUCGGAGCACGCCAAAGACCAGAUCGCCCUGAGCGGAGGAAUCCUGUUCAUCCCUGUCUGGUUUGUGGCUCUGGGACUGUAGUGGGUUUACAGAGAGACCUCUACACCUGUACCUGUCUACUCUUUAGAAGUCCAGAUGUGCUGCUCAGGGCCUCGGUUCAUCAAACCUUAGUCACUGUCUCUGCCUUUUCUUCUGUGGAUUUUAACUUUAAACUUGUUCCUCAGUGUUUUGUGGAAGAGAUUCCUCCUCAGCAGA